UAUUUGCUUUCAACGCCACUAAUCAUCCGAAGCUCUAGAGGGCACCUGUUUCCGGUGCGACUCUAUGGCGCAAAAGAAGGGCACGAAGCCAAAGAGAGCAUUGGCGGAAGUGCCCGUUCCUCGUGCUUCCGGUUUGACUGGGCUGAAGCAUCAGGAACAAAUCUCUGGAAGUGCGAUGGAUCCACUGAGGGCUCAGCAGUUGGCAGCGGAGCUGGAAGUAGAGAUGAUGGCUGAUAUGUACAACAGAAUGACGAAUGCUUGCCACCGAAAAUGUGUCCCUCCCCAUUACAAAGAGGCUGAGCUUUCCAAGGGGGAGUCUGUAUGCUUGGAUCGUUGUGUCUCCAAGUAUUUGGACAUCCAUGAGCGAAUGGGCAAGAAACUGACAGAGCUCUCGAUGCAGGAUGAGGAGCUGAUGAAGAGGAUGCAGCAAGGGGCUGGGCCAGCCUAAAGCGCCACCUUUUGAUAAUUGUGGACAGUCUCUCCUAUCACCCUUUCCAGUACACACUCAGUGCCUGCCUACCCUUGGUGUGGAUCCUUCCCUUUUGCCAAUAAAACAUAGAUGUUAUAUUA